AUGGCGGCUCCGAGCGAAAGUACUUAUGACUAUAUUGUCUGUGGUGGCGGCACGUCCGGGUGUGUUGUCGCAGCUCGUCUGGCUGAAAAUCCAGAGAUUUCGAUCCUGCUCAUUGAGGCUGGUCAACACAAUAAGGACCUGGAGAACACACACAUGGCAGGAGGAUGGUCGAACAACUUCGACUCCGAGACGGACUGGAAUUUUGUUACUCCCCCUAUGAAGGGUGUCGACAACCGUCAGGUCAAGUUGAGUCGUGGUCGAUUCCUCGGUGGAUGCAGUGGUUGCAAUGGCACUCUUUGCAUCCGCGGCGCCAAGCAGGAUUACGAUGAUUGGGGUUUGGAAGGAUGGGGAGGAGAGGAAUUUUUCAAGUACAUGAGAAAGGCCGAAACAUUCCACCCCAAGCCGUGGCACAAGGCUGAUGCCAAAAGCCACGGUUACUCUGGGCCUCUCCAUACAGAGCCCCACGACCUAGCUCCAAUCUCUGAAUUGAUACUCCAGUCAUUGGAAUCAAAAGGAAUGCCUCUACACCACGACAUGUUUAGUACCGGCGACGUCGCCCAAGGAUGUGGUCACGUACCUCGAACAGUAUACAAAGGCCUCCGAACAACAGGUGCCGAUUUUGUGACAAGGAAAAACCACCGCAAUAACAUAACGAUCACCACCGAUACAACCGUUGAUAAAGUGAUUUUCAAGCAACAAGGCGGACAGACCCGCGCGUCGGGUGUUGUCACCAAAGCGAACGAUGGUACAAGCAAGACAUUCUUCGCCAGAAAGGAAAUCAUCAUUUCCGGAGGCGCAUACUGCAGUCCUGCCAUUCUCCUUCGCUCGGGUAUCGGCCCUAAGGAAGAGUUAGAAAAGCACAGCAUCCCAAUCACAGUCAAAUCACCCGGAGUCGGAAGGAACCUCUUGGACCACCUAAUCGUCUUCAUGUUCUAUGAAACUGAGAAAGCAGGCCUGACAAAUGAUUACGCCGUCUACCACGGCGACAACUUUGAAAACACCUACAGACUCUGGAAAGAAAAGAAAACAGGCUUCCUAUCCACAUUCCCCUUUGGUAUCUUCGCUUUCGCCAGAUUGGACGAGCGACUCAAGAACGAACCCCUAUGGAAAAAUGCACCCCGACUCCCAGGCCGCGAUCCAAUGGGUCUAGCUCCGAACCAACCGAACAUCGAAUUUUUCACGACAGAGUGCUACGGUGGACCGAAGCAGUAUGACCAGUUCCCGGGUAACAACCAGCAUGCGUUCUCAAUGAUUGCGGAAUUGUUUGCACCGAAGUCGCGCGGCUCUGUUACGCUUACGUCGGCUGAUCCAUUGGAUAAUCCUGUUGUUGAUUGUAACUAUCUGGAUGACCCGUUGGAUAUGUUGCUGCUUAGUGAGGCUUGCCGAUUUGGUAAUGAGGUGAUCAUGAAGGGAGCUGGGACGAAGGAUAUUGUUAAGGGGUCUUGGCCUUCGAAUUUGAAACAUCAUACCUAUACGACUAGGGAGGAGUGGGUCCCUUAUGUCAAGGAGCAUGCUACGACCUGUUAUCAUGCUGCGGGUACAUGUGCAAUGGGGAGAGAGGAUAACCCUAUGGCUGUCUUGGAUGAGAAACUGCAGGUCAGGGGUGUAACUGGUCUCCGUGUGGCUGACUGUAGUGUCAUGCCGACUUUGCAUGGAGGUCAUGCCCAGAUGCCGGCUUACGGAAUUGGUGAGAAGUGCGCGGAUCUCAUUAAGGAGACUUGGCGCCAGGCAGGAAAUGUCUAUCCUCGGAUUUGA